AUGGCGACUUCCAUGAGAAUCAUUUUGUUUUGUAGAGCGAAUUUAUUAUCUUUACUACGCAGUCGUAGUAAUAGUUCAAAACGCGUUAAAACAUAUAGCAAUAUAAAUUCAAAUUCAAAUACUGGAGCUAAAAAUGCCAAGACAAAGAAUGAACGUCCUAUCAGCAAAGUUGUACUCUCUGAUCUCAUGUCAGAAAGUGUUCAAGAAAAAGGAUCAGAUGAAGGACCUGUAAGCAAAGUGGUACUGUCCAAUAUCAUGACAAAUGGUGUUUUAAAGGAAGAAUUGGAUCACCAUGAUGUCAUAGCAGAGCGUUUAAAAACAGCCAGAAGAACAGUAUUAAUCAAGACAGAUAACAUAGAUCACUCAGUCAAAAAACUGAAUCAGUUUGGCAGCCCUGAGAAUAUUUUAAAUAUCAAAAAGGAAAAUGGACUUUACCACAUGGUCACGUUUAAAGAUGAAACUCAUAUCCAGAAUUUAGCCUCUUCUUUAGAAAAUAGCAAUGUGUUUGUUCAAAGAUUUAUAAUUGAUACAAAGGCAAAGAAAAAGAAAGAGCAAAAUCAGAAAGAAGAUCAAGAACUGUGUUUAACUAAACAAUUAGAAUUGUGUGAAAAUAUUGAUGAACAGCUUCAUUGUUUAUAUAAACACACUCAUCUAGAUGAAACAAAUUCACUACUGAUAUUUUUAUAUUACUCCAUCAUACAAGACGUAUUUCGCACGCUAUCAAACGGCGUAUUAGAACCAUUUGGAUCCUGUGUCAAUGGUUUUGGAAUGAAUUCAUCAGAUUUAGACUUGAACUAUAUUGACUUGAAAAAAGAUAGUUUUGAACGUGAUUUAUGUCCAAUGUUUUCUCAUAAACCAGAAUCAGUUAGUAUCAAUAGGUUGAAGUCUAUUAAAACCAGUUUAAGAAAGAUGUUACCAAUAAUUAAUGAUGGUACAGUCAUAGCAGCUCGUAUUCCAAUUAUACGUUUAUCAUUGAAGCCUGUCAAUUUUCAAAUAGAUAUAGCUUUCCCAGGUGACAGACAAGGACCAAUCAUUUCAGAAAUAUUUUAUACCUAUAGUUUACUAGAUAAUAGAAUAGCCAUUUUGUUUGCCUUCAUCAAAAGGUGGGCUAUAACAAAUGGUUUACACAGGAGUAAUGCAGGGCACUGGUUCAGUUCGUUUCAACUAUUAGCAUUAGUGAUAUUUUAUUUUCAACAGAGACCCAACUCUUCUAUCCCAUCUAUUAAAACAUUAUUAGAAUGUAAUCAACGUUAUACUAGUACAGACAAACAAAGAGUGUCUACACCUCUAUAUGUGAUUAAAAGUUUAACAAAGAAUCCUUCAUUUGAAUCUUCUUUAGAAACUCUAUUGAAAGAAUUUUUUGAAUUUUAUGCAGUAUUUGACUUUAGAAGUAUGGCACUUUCUUUACUCAUGGGACACACGUUUCAAAAAACAACCAUAACCUCGCCCAUUCAAUGUGAAUUUCCUUUCGAGUUUCAUAACAUUAUGAAAAAUGUGGACAGUAAACACACUGCACUCCUACAGACUCAGUCUAAAAAGGCCCUUAUUUUACUCAAUAAAAGCAAAUCAACCAAUGAAUUAUGGGGGAUUGGUUCGUGUUUAAGUAAAGACGAACAAGAUAAGGUAGAUAUGAAAAUUUCAAUAAAGCAGUUGUUUAUAGAUUGA